AUGGGCCUCAGCCUGCCCACGGAGACGGAGCGCUGCAUCGAGUCGCUGCUGGCCGUGUUCCAGCGGUACGCGGGGCGCGAAGGCGACAGCUGCAAGCUCUCCAAGAGGGAGUUCCUGGCCUUCAUGAACACGGAGCUGGCCGCCUUCACGAAGAACCAGAAGCCAGGGGUCGUGGACAGGAUGAUGAAGAAACUGGAUUUGAAUAGCGAUGGGCAACUGGACUUCCAGGAGUUCCUGAACCUCAUCGGGGGCAUCGCGGUGGCCUGCCACGAUAGCCUGAUUGUUAAGGCCCCCUAGUCCUGGCUGCUGCGUCUCCCCCCCCCGCCGUGAACAUUCCUCGAACAAGAGCGAUGCAAAACUGGAAGCAGUGCCUCCACGAUGGGGACCUCCCCCUGCCUCAUUUUUAUGUAUAAAAUAAAAGGCUUCAAAUCCUA